AUGGCAAAACUGUACUUAGCCCUUGUUCUUGCAGUACUUGUACUAGCGCAUGCAACCGCAAGAAACAUUCCAACCGAUGAUGAAGCAACAAGAAACCCUAGUACUAACACCGCAUUAGCCCCUGCCCAAAACACGGCAGAAAAUGUCGUCGCCACCACCGCAGCUGCUCCGGGGGCGGCGGUCGGCGGCGUCGAUGAUGAGAAAAACUUCAUCUCGUACGGCGGGGUGGGCGGCUGGGGAGGCGUUGGUGGGUACGUCGGGGUGAUGCCUGUUUUUGGCGGCAUUGGAGCUGGCAUGGGCGCUGCAGGUGGGAUCGGAGGAGUUGGCGGACUUGGCGGCGUCGGGCUAGGUAAAGUUGGCGGCAUCGGCGUUGCUGGCGGCGUUGGCGGCGUUGGUGGAGUUGGUGGCAUUAUACCUUAA